AGAGCCAGGGCAGGAUGGAGAGGAGACGCAUCACCUCUGCUGCUCGCCGCUCCUACGUCUCCUCGGGGGAGAUGAUGGUGGGGGGCCUGGCUCCUGGCCGCCGUCUGGGUCCUGGCACCCGUCUCUCCCUGGCUCGAAUGCCCCCUCCACUCCCGACCCGGGUGGACUUCUCCCUGGCCGGGGCACUCAAUGCUGGCUUCAAGGAGACCCGGGCCAGUGAGCGGGCAGAGAUGAUGGAGCUCAAUGACCGCUUUGCCAGCUACAUCGAGAAGGUUCGCUUCCUGGAACAGCAAAACAAGGCGCUGGCUGCUGAGCUGAACCAGCUGCGGGCCAAGGAGCCCACCAAGCUGGCCGACGUCUACCAGGCUGAGCUGCGAGAGCUGCGGCUGCGGCUCGAUCAACUCACUGCCAACAGCGCCCGGCUGGAGGUCGAGAGGGACAACCUGGCACAGGACCUGGGCACCGUGAGGCAGAAGCUCCAGGAUGAAACCAACCUGAGGCUGGAGGCCGAGAACAACCUGGCUGCCUAUAGACAGGAAGCAGAUGAAGCCACACUGGCCCGUCUGGAUCUGGAGAGGAAGAUUGAGUCGCUGGAGGAGGAGAUCCGGUUCUUGAGGAAGAUCCAUGAGGAGGAGGUUCGGGAACUCCAGGAGCAGCUGGCCCGACAGCAGGUCCAUGUGGAGCUUGACGUGGCCAAGCCAGACCUCACCGCAGCCCUGAAAGAGAUCCGCACGCAGUAUGAGGCAAUGGCGUCCAGCAACAUGCAUGAAGCCGAGGAGUGGUACCGCUCCAAGUUUGCAGACCUGACAGACGCUGCUGCCCGCAACGCGGAGCUGCUCCGCCAGGCCAAGCACGAGGCCAACGACUACCGGCGCCAGUUGCAGUCCUUGACCUGCGACUUGGAGUCUCUGCGCGGCACGAACGAGUCCCUGGAGAGGCAGAUGCGCGAGCAGGAGGAGCGCCACGCGCGGGAGGCAGCCAGUUAUCAGGAGGCGCUGGCGCGGCUGGAGGAAGAGGGGCAGAGCCUCAAGGACGAGAUGGCCCGCCACUUGCAGGAGUACCAGGACCUGCUCAACGUCAAGCUGGCCCUGGACAUCGAGAUCGCCACCUACAGGAAGCUGCUGGAGGGCGAGGAGAACCGGAUCACCAUUCCCGUGCAGACCUUCUCCAACCUGCAGAUUCGAGGGGGCAAAAGCACCAAAGACGGGGAAAAUCACAAGGUCACAAGACAUCUCAAAAGCCUCACAAUACGCGUUAUACCAAUACAGGCCCACCACAUUGUAAAUGGAGCGCCGCCGGCUCGCGAAACCAGCCUGGACACCAAGUCUGUGUCAGAAGGCCACCUCAAGAGGAACAUCGUGGUGAAGACCGUGGAGAUGCGGGAUGGAGAGGUCAUUAAGGAGUCCAAGCAGGAGCACAAGGAUGUGAUGUGAGGCAGGACCCACCUGGUGGCCUCUGCCCCGUCUCAUGAGGGGCCCGAGCAGAAGCAGGAUAGUUGCUCCGCCUCUGCUGGCGCAUUUCCCCAGACCUGAGCUCCCCACCACCCCAGCUGCUCCCCUCCCUCCUCUGUCCCUAGGUCAGCUUGCUGCCCUAGGCUCUGUCAGUAUCAGGCCUGCCAGACAGCACCCACCCAGCACCCAGCAACUCCAACUAACAAGAAACUCACCCCCAAGGGGCAGUCUGGAGGGGCAUGGCCAGCAGCUUGGGUUAGAAUGAGGAGGAAGGAGAGAAGGGGAGGAGGGCGGGGGGUACCUACUACAUCGCCCUCCACAUCCCUGAUUCCUGUUGUUAUGGCAACUGUUGUCAGAGAUGGAGAUUCUCUCGGGGUAUCUGGGAACUGUGCCUUUGAGUUUCCUCAGGCUGCUGGAGGAAAACUGAGACUCAGACAGGAAAGGGAAGGCCCCACAGUCAAGGUAGCCCUGGCCAGAGGAUUGUUUUGUUUUUUGGUUUUUAUGAGGCGGGGUGUCCCUAUGCUGCCCAGGCUGACCUUGAACUCCUGGGCUCAAGCAGUCUACCCACCUCAGCCACCUGUGUAGCUGGGAUCAUAGGCUCGAGCCACCACGCCCAGCUCAGAGGGUUGUUCUUCUAGACUGACCCUGAUCAGUCUAAGAUGGGUGGAGACAUCCUGCCACCUGGGGCAGUCACCUGCCCAGAUCCCAGAAGGACCUCCUGAGCGAUGACUCAAUUGUCUCAGUCCACCUGAGCUGCCAUCCAGGGACGCCAUCUGUGGGCACGUGUGGGCAGGUGGGAGCUUGAUUCUCAGCACUUGGGGGAUCUGUCGUGUAUGUGGAGAGGGAUGGGGUGCUGGGAGAGAUAGAGGGGGGCUGCCUGGCCCCCAGCUGUGGGUACAGAGAGGUCAAGCCCAGGAGGACUGCCCCGUGCAGAUUGGAGGGGACGCUAGUAGAGAUGGUGGAGGAGGCAAUUGGGACGGCGCUAGGCAUCCAAGUGGGGGUUGUGGGUGACCAGUUGCACUUGGCCUCUGGGUUGUGGGAAUUAAGGAAGUGACUCAUCCUCUUGAAGAUGCUGAAACAGGAGAGAAAGGGGAUGUAUCCAUGGGGGCAGGGCAUGACUUUGUCCCAGUUCUAAAGGCCUCUUCCUUGCUGUGUCAUACCAGACCGCCCCAGCCUCUGAGCCCCUGGGAUUGCUGCUUCUUAACCCCAGUAAGCCACUGCCACACGUCUGACCCUCUCCACUCCAUAGUGACCGGCUGCUUUUCCCUAAGCCAAGGGCCUCUUGCGGUCCCUUCUUACUCACGCACAAAAUGUACCCAGUAUUUUAGGUAGUGCCCUAUUUUACAAUUUGUAAAACUGAGGCACGAGCAAAGUGAAGACACUAGCUCAUAUUCCUGCAGCCUGGAGGCUGGGUGCUCAGGGCUGGCAUGUCCACCCCGGUGCACCUCCUCUGCUUUGACUGAGCAGCCUGGUGAGCAGACUGGUGGGAUCUGUGCCCAGAAACCGGACUGGGAGGGCCCACUUCAGGGUUCUCCUCUCCCCUCUAAGGCCGAAGAAGGGUCCUUCCCUCUCCCCAAGACUUGGUGUCCUUUCCUUCCACUCCUUCCUGCCACCUGCUGCUGCUGCUGCUAAUCUUCAGGGCACUGCUGCUGCCUUUAGUCGCUGAGGAAAAAUAAAGACAAAUGCUGCGCCCUU